CGAUAGCUGUCAAAUUGUAAUAUAGUUUUUCAGAAGCAAAGCGAAAACCGCCAACGUAUACUAGCCCCUUUAUGCAUUCAAUUGAGUAUUCAACUUAAGUUCUAAUGUCGGAUUCGCCCCAUGAGGAGCACCGCUUGUGCGGUCUGGGGAAUCACACGCUGAGGUCCCCGUACCGCGUAAUCAGAAAUCCGCACCUGCUGAAGUUUGGCCAGCUGAUAAACUCGGAGCUGCGGUCUCAGCCACUGUGCCUCUCGUGCUACACGCAACUGAUCCAGCUCUACCGGCUGAAGAACAACAAUGCGAAGAGACACCUGGCAAAUAGACAGGCAGCCAGUGCUAUUCUCUCGAGGAGCAGUAGUGAGAAAUCUCAUGAGUCCGCGGCUAGUGUGUCCACAACACAAUCCUCGGAGGAGCAAGAAUCAACCACUAGCGCAGCGCCGGCGGCGGCGGCUCAAAGAGCAGGAAGCCAGUUGGUUGAGUCCAAUUCUUCCGACGAUACACUUUUCUCCGAUGACUACGAUCCCAGCUCGAAUCUGAGUUUGAAUGCCGUGAAUGGAACGCGGCUACCGAAUGUCCAACCAAUUCCGAAAAGGCGCCAGUUUGUGCAUCUAAAUCGUGAAGCUAUGGCCAUUUAUCUGGCGGGAACUACUGGGGGAUAAUGUUUGUUUCAUUUAGGAUAUUUUCAUAAAUUAAAUUUGAAAUAACACUGUU